AUGCAUUUUCACAUUGACAAUCGAUCCACCGACAGCAACGACGACGAGACCGUAGGAUGGGACAGCCAAGGUUCCAUUCACGAAUACUAUUACAUAUCACCCAUGCAUGAUAAUGAUCCUCCUUCAACAAGAUUUUAUUACCGUCAUGGACAACGCAUGCUUUACAUCAGUGACACAGCAAUCACGCCCAACAUCAAUGCAGCAGCAUCAUCCUCAUCUUCUAUCAAUAUCAGCAUGGGCCUUUCCCCAAUGAAUCCUCUCAAUUUCAACAGCCCAAUUCAGAAACAGAGUGAUGAUAUUGCUAUGCCAGAGGAUGAACGCGAGACGCCAAAUGAACCACAUGAUGCAGGAAUGGAACGUGGACACCAUCAAUUGGAAGGCGAAGAUGAUGAUCAAGCUGGAGAACAGCACCAUCCACGUAAACCCAAGGUCAUAUCAGCAAUACCAGAGGAUGAGGCAAGCAAUGGAUCUCCACAAGAUAGCAGCUGCAAUGAUUCUUUGGAUGCAUGGAUCGAGGACAACAAUGGGAUUUUUCAGCCUCCAUCAUCACCAUCUCAUUCACAUGCACAGUCAUCUUCUCAUCGCCCUCCUCCUAUUGCAAGCGUGCCUUCCUUUACAAGAUCAUCAUCAUCUACUUUUCAUGCCAGCCUCGAACAUCUCCCAGUGGCACUCUCCCAUCCGAACCCACAACAUCUAUUAUCAGCCGGUGACCCGAAUGAGCCAAGUCAACAUAGUAGCAACAUGAUUGAGCAUGUCGAUUCAUCCAAUGAACAACAAAGGUUACCACAUGGUCUACCAAACACAAGCAAUAUGGGGCCUAUGUCGCCUAUUUGGAUAUCUGACGAUGAUGAUGAGCCCAUGCCAAGCAGUGUUGAUGAGAUUACAAAUCCAAUUGAAGAUCGUGAACCCCUGCUACAGCUAUCGGAUACCACCAGCAGCAGCAUUCAGCAACAAGAUGAUCAUCAACUCAACAGCCAAGCGAGUACCAGCGUUAAGACUGAAGCUCCCACAACUCAACGUCGUCGUCGUCGUCGUCGUCGUCGUAAUGAAGCACCUACUAUUGUUCCAUCAAGUCGUCCGCGUCGUAACAUUAAAUCUAUUCCAGCAAGUGUCCUACUCGAUAAGCGAACUUAUCACCGUUGGACAGAUGAGGAGGUUGAAGCUCUUGACGAAGGAUGCAAGCGGUACGGCUACGAUUGGGUUAAAAUUAGAGCUGUAUAUCCGAUGUUUGCCAACCAAACGAACGCUCAAUUGCGGCAAAAAGCAAUGGGUCUUGCACAAAAACGAGGAUGA